AAUAAUAAGAAAGCAAUUGUAAAGCAAUCAGCCCCAUCUUCUUACAUAUACUCGAAUGUAGAAAUAAAAGUAAAGGCAAAAAACACUGAAAAGUGUUUCGCUGAAGAUUCUUCAUCUGAUGAUAAUUUACUAUUGAUUCCCAACUAUAGUCAAAGAAAGCAAGACCAAUCUCCGCCAUCUUAU